AUGCGAAAAAUAAGAUUAGCAUUAGUGUCAUUGGAUUGGAUACGUCCAAAAGAUCCAUUAACAAAUUUAGGACACGCAUCUAUACUUGCCACUUUACAGAAAUAUAAUUCGAAUCAACUAACAUUUUUAAAUGAUCAUCGAUAUUCUGUUAAAUAUUGUCCGGACGUAGAAGAAUUUAGUGAGAAUGUUGUAAAGAAUUUAAUAUACGAUGAACCGGAUUUAAUUGCUUUUGGUGUAUAUAUUUGGAAUGAAUUACAUACUCAAUUAAUCUUAAAAAAACUUAGAAAGAGAAUUAAAGAGAGAGAUUACAUAUCGAUUGGAUUUUCUGGAAAAGGAAGAGGAGAAGGACGAAUUAUGAUUGAUUAUCUUCGUAAACCGUUAAUUUUAUUAGGAGGUCCUCAGAUAUCCUAUGCGCCAAUUAAUACAUUAGAAGGUCAUUAUCCAGACGCUGACUUGUUUAUUCGUGGAUAUGCCGAAAAAGCGGUUUCUAAGGUUGUAGAAACACUUUCAACUCACGUCACAAGUUCGGGCAAUAUGACCUCAUCAUACCAAUUCGCAACACAUCAACAAUGUUUUUUACGACCUAUAUCCACUACAUCAUCAAAUAUUUCAAAUCCGACUAUGCUUUUGCAUAAAAUUAAAGGAUUACAUCAACGAGGACAUCCUGAUUUGGGAAUACAAGCCGCCGUAGAUAUGGAAUCUCUUCCUUCUCCUUUCUUACCCGUUGAAACUUUAGAGAACGCUUCUAGUUUAGAUAAUAAUGUUUCUCAAAGCAAAUUGGUGAAUUCACCCAUUAUUCCCUUAAGUAAUCGAUCAUUUAUUAGAUGGGAAACACAACGUGGAUGUCCAUUCAAAUGCACAUUUUGUCAACAUCGUGAUACUUAUACAAAUAGACAAGCACUUUCCCCGCCACGAACUCUUUCUGAAAUCCAAGAAAUAACUUCUUCACCGGUAAACGACAUAGCAGUUCUCGAUCCCACGUUUAAUUCCGGUCCAAAUUAUUUAUCAACGUUAGAUAAUUUAAUAAAAUAUAAAUAUAAAGGAAAACUAUCAUUACAAACUCGUUUUGAAAUGAUCAAACCACAAUUUAUUGAAAAAUGUUCAGUGCUAGUUAAUGAAUUAAAUGCAAAUAUUCAAUUAGAAUUUGGAGUACAAAGUAUUAUUAAAAAAGAAUCAUUAGUUAUUCAACGAAUGAAUAAUUUAAAUUCUGUUAAAGAAAAUUCAUCAUUAUUAAGAAAAAAUAAUAUUAAAUUUGAAAUUUCUUUGAUCUAUGGAUUACCACAUCAGACUGUUGAGAGUUUUAAAGAAAGUAUUGAAUUCGCUAAAACUUUAGGUGCUGAAAAAGUUGUUGCUUGGCCUUUAAUGUUAUUGAGAGGUACUGAGUUGGAAAGAAGAAAGGAAGAAUUGGGUUUGAAAGAAGAAACUUUAAGUAGUGUGGAUUUGGAUAGUGAAUUGCCUAAAGAACGAAUUAGUGAAGGUAUACCACAUGUAGUAGAAAGUCCAACAUUUACAAAAGGCGAAUGGAGAGAAAUGAUGAGAAUCGCUAAUGAACUUUAA